AUGUAUAAAAACAACCAGACCACCAUUACUGAAGUCAUCCUCUUGGGAUUCCAAAGUUCCAGAGAAACGAGCAUUGUUCUUUUCAUUCUUCUCCUCAUAGUUUACAUUUUGACACUUUUUGGAAACCUCUUGAUCAUCACACUGGUCUACUACCAUAAAACCCUCCACACUCCGAUGUACUUCUUCCUCAUCCAGCUCUCCUUAUCUGAUAUUCUGCUAACCACAGAUAUUGCCCCAAACUUGCUUCACACGUUACUUCAUGGGGGUGGAACAAUGUCUUUUACAGGCUGCAUUUUCCAGCAAUAUGUUUUUGAUGUGAUGGAAGCUGCAGAGUGUCUUCUUCUGACCGUCAUGUCUUAUGACCGGUAUUUGGCCAUCUGUAACCCUUUGCAUUAUUCCUAUCUGAUGAGUGAGGUGUUUUGUAUCAAUCUUACCAUCUUCACUUGGUUGUUGAGCAUCGGUUCCAUGUUGAUUAGCACAAUUACAAUAGCCAGUCUUGAUUUCUGUGGGCCCAAUAUAAUUGACCAUUUCUUCUGUGACUUUUCUCCGGUGGUAAAACUUUCUUGUUCAGAUACAUUCUUGGUUGAGUUAGAAAUAACAUUUUAUAGCAUACCUUUUAUUUUAUUGCCAUUCUUUAUCAUUACAAUAUCCUAUACGUAUAUUAUUUUUACCAUUUUGAAAAUCCCGUCCAAUACUGGGAAACAGAAGGUUUUCUCCACCUGCAGCUCUCACUUGUUGGUGGUUUGUCUAUUUUAUGGAACACUGAUUGUUAUUUAUGUCUCUCCAACAAGUGGACAGUCGUUGACUAUACACAAAUUACUAUCACUGGUCUAUACAGUGGGGACACCACUGAUGAAUCCAAUCAUUUACAGUUUAAGGAACAGAGACAUAAAGAUGGCUUUUGCUAAGGCCUGGCAGACCAUCACCAGGGAUGAAACCCAGCGUCUGGUGAUGUCUCUGCGUUCCAGACUUCAGGCUGGAAUUGACUGCAAAGGAUUUGCAACCAAGUAUUAA